CGCUCGCGCGCUUUCUUGGGGGACCGAGCCCCCUUCCGCGCAGAGGCCCGCGCCUCCGCAGCCCCUGGCCUCGCGCGGCCUGCGUCUCCUCAGCUCAUCCCGCAGAGUGCGGGGACGCGGGGGGCCGGGCCUGACCGAGGCUCCCCUCCGCAGCCGCGGCCUGACAGCCCAGCCGCCGGCACUUCUGACCCGGAGUCCAGCCGCGCGUCGGGGGCAGCAGCCGAGGGAACUGGGGGCUGUUGGAGCUGGGAAGAGAGGACAAUCCCCUAAAGGAAAAGCAGGCCCCAAGGUGUGAGAAGGAGGGAUGCCCAAGAAAGGCACUGGCCCCUUGUUUUCUGUGCUGGGUGAUGACCUGACACCCGUGGGAAAAGGUCACUGCUGGACACCUGGAUCGGGUCUGUCAUGUACAGAGGAAGCGGCUGUUCUACCAUCUGCCUGCUCUUCUGCCAUUCGAGUGCCCUGACCCUGCCAGCCUAUAGGCCAUGGAGAAUGAGCUACCAGUCCCACAUACGUCUAGCAGUGCCAGUGUCACCAGCAGUACCAGUGGGGCCAGUAGCAGCAGUGGCUGCAACAAUGGCAGCAGUGGUGGAAGUGGCCGCCCCACGGGUCCCCAAAUUUCUGUGUACAGCGGUAUCCCCGACCGGCAGACCGUGCAGGUGAUCCAGCAGGCCCUGCACAGGCAGCCUAGCACCGCGGCUCAGUACCUGCAGCAGAUGUACGCCGCGCAGCAGCAGCACCUCAUGCUGCAGACCGCAGCCCUCCAGCAGCAGCACCUCAGCAGCGCCCAGCUCCAGAGCCUGGCGGCCGUGCAGCAGGCAAGCCUGGUGGCCAACAGACAAGGGAGCACUUCAGGCAGCAAUGUGUCCUCACAGGCCCCGGCCCAGUCAUCUUCGAUCAAUCUGGCAGCCUCCCCGGCAACAGCCCAGCUCCUCAACCGGGCUCAGAGCGUCAACUCCGCAGCAGCCUCAGGCAUCGCCCAGCAGGCUGUGCUCUUGGGCAACACGUCUUCCCCAGCCCUGACUGCGAGCCAAGCACAGAUGUACCUAAGGGCACAGAUGGCCCAGCCAGGUAACCUGGUGCAGGUAGCUAGGAGCCUAGGCGGCACUGUUCCUUUGUCCCCUCAGCUCAUCUUCACGCCCACGGCCACCGUCGCUACUGUGCAGCCUGAGCUCGGCACUGGCUCCCCCGCCCGGCCCCCCACCCCCGCCCAGGUACAGAACUUGACCCUCCGAACACAGCAGACACCAGCUGCAGCAGCCUCGGGCCCUCCCCCUACUCAGCCUGUCCUGCCCAGCUUGGCUUUGAAACCCACGCCUGGCGGUAGCCAGCCUCUGCCUACCCCAUCACAGGGCAGAAACACUGCUCAGGGUUCCCCCGCAGGUGGCAAGCCUGGCAUAACUGACAGUGUGAUGGAGCCACUCAAGAAAGGAGAUGGCAACAGCAGUGUGCCAGGGAGCAUGGAGGGCCGGGCUGGGCUCAGCCGGACGGUUCCUGCUGUGGCUACCCACCCCCUCAUUGCGCCAGAUUUCCAGCUGUCCAUGGGAUAUUCCUACUUGGAUAUCACCCUACCUGCAGCUUAUGCUCAGCUGCAGCCACACCAGCUCCAUCCACAGCCAUCGUCAAAGCACCUGCAGCCCCAGUUUGUGAUCCAGCAACAGCAACAGCCACAACCACAGCAGCAGCAGCAGUCACGGCCUGUUCUCCAAGCCCAGUCCCAACCCCAGCUCGCCUCUGUCCCUCCCAGUGUGGCCCUCCAGCCCAGCUCAGAAGCCCAUGCCAUGCCACUAGGCCCAGUUACACCUGCCCUGCCACUCCAGUGCCCCACUGCCAAUCUGCACAAGACUGGCAGCAGUCAGCAGGGUCACCUUCCCACACCAGAUGCUGGGCCUCAGAAUGGACAUCCCGAGGGCGUGUCCCACACCCCUCCACGCAGGUUCCAGCACACUUCAGCCGUCAUCUUACAGCUGCAGCCUGCUUCACCGGUGCCCCAGCAGUGCACCCCUGAUGACUGGAAGGAAGUGGCGUCUGGGGAGAAGAGUGUGUCUGAGACUCGGUCUGGCCCAUCACCACAUCAGCAAGCCAUUGUCACUGCCAUGCCUGGUGGCCUGCCUGUACCCAAGAGCCCCAACAUCCAGCAGUCCCCAGCUCAUGAGACAGGGCAGGGCAUUGUUCAUGCACUGACCGACCUCAGCAGCCCCGGCAUGACCUCAGGGAACGGAAACUCUGCCUCCAGCAUCGCCGGCACUGCCCCCCAGAAUGGUGAGAAUAAACCACCACAGGCCAUUGUGAAACCCCAAAUCCUGACGCAUGUUAUCGAAGGGUUUGUGAUCCAGGAGGGGGCGGAGCCUUUCCCGGUGGGACGCUCGUCCCUGCUGGUGGGGAAUCUCAAGAAGAAGUAUGCACAGGGGUUCUUGCCUGAGAAACUUCCACAGCAGGAGCACACAACCACCACUGACUCGGAGAUGGAAGAGCCCUAUCUGCAAGAAUCCAAAGAGGAGGGUACUCCCCUCAAACUCAAGUGUGAGCUCUGUGGCCGGGUGGACUUUGCCUACAAGUUCAAGCGUUCCAAGCGCUUCUGUUCCAUGGCUUGUGCAAAGAGGUACAACGUGGGAUGCACCAAACGAGUGGGACUUUUCCACUCAGACCGGAGCAAGCUGCAGAAGGCAGGAGCCACAACCCACAACCGCCGUCGGGCCAGCAAAGCCAGUCUGCCCACGCUUACCAAGGAUACCAAGAAGCAGCCAACAGGCACCGUACCCCUUUCAGUUACUGCCGCCUUGCAGCUAACACACAGCCAGGAAGACUCCAGCCGUUGCUCAGAUAACUCAAGCUAUGAGGAACCCCUGUCACCCAUCUCAGCCAGCUCAUCCACCUCCCGCCGGCGACAAGGCCAGCGGGACCUGGAGCUCCCUGACAUGCACAUGCGGGACCUGGUGGGCAUGGGACACCACUUCCUGCCAAGUGAGCCCACCAAAUGGAACGUGGAAGAUGUCUAUGAAUUCAUCCGCUCUCUGCCAGGCUGCCAAGAGAUAGCAGAGGAAUUCCGUGCCCAGGAAAUCGACGGGCAAGCUCUGCUGCUGCUCAAGGAGGACCACCUGAUGAGCGCCAUGAACAUCAAGCUGGGGCCCGCCCUGAAGAUCUACGCUCGCAUCAGCAUGCUCAAGGACUCCUAGGGCUGGCCGGGGCAGCCAGCAUUCUGGCCCAGGCUUCCUCCUCCUGACUGAGCAGAGCCAGACAGACAUUCCUGAGGGGCCCAGAAAUGGGGCCAGUCGGAGGGAAGGGGCUCUCCCUAGGGGCGUGGCUGGUGAGGAGGUCUGGGCACCUCCUCCGUGGCUCUCAGGGGCCUUUCAUUUCUGUGGGAGGGGCAGAGAGGUAGGCGGCACAGAAGAUGGGGCUUUAUGCUUGUAAAUAUUGAUAGCACUGGCUUCCUCCAAAGUCCCAAUCCUCCAGCCCCGCUCUCUUCCCCUCUCUCUGUCCCCCAUUUUCCAGGGGGUAUAUGGUCAGGGCUCCCCAACCUGGGUUGGGUUACUUCCAAGGGCAGCCAGCAGGCCUGGAUAGAGGCCUAGAAAGCCCUUGGCUUCCUUCCUCCCACUCUUUCUCCAGGCCUGGUUAACUCUUCCGUUGCCAGCUUCUCCCCUUUCAGCCUGCUUCCGCAGCAGCCGGGGUUCUCCCCAUCCCCUCUGCAGGUGGAGAGAGAGAAGCUGGGCCCAGUUGGGCCAUGCCUGCUGGCACAGACGCCUUAACGCUGUGUGUAUGACUGUAUGACUGUGUGGGAGCCUGGACUGACAGAUAGGCCGAGGGCCAUCCUCUGGCAUCUCCAGGUGUUUUGUAGCAAACAGCCACUUAGUGCUUUGUCCUGGACUCCACUCGGUUUCAGGAUGGGGAAUAGCAAAGAAGGACAGCCCCGGUGCAGAGAGGCAAGAUCAGAGAGAGACGGAGAUCAGACUGGUCAAGGUGUCUCUGACGCCCCCGCCCCACACUGUGAAGCUCCCCUGACUGCCCUCCUGGCUCACAAACAGCAUUAAGAAAGCUGCGGGUGGGCUGGGCCGCAAAGCCCGGGGGUGGAGCCAGGCCAGCCUCCUGGUCCGCCUGCCGGGCUGCCCCGCAAGCCCCAGUGAACUCUGAGGGGACAGAACAGCUAGUGUGACCGUGAUGUGACGUGACGAAGGCAGCUCUUGGCCUCCCGCUCCCACACUUCUUUGCCUAUAAAACUUGCUAGCAGCAGUUGGAGCUGCCUGAGGAGAAGGCAGGGCAGGAAGGGCGAGGGCCUGCCUCUGACUUGCCCUGUCCUUUGCAGGCUCCUGGGGGUGUCCUUUGCCGAAAGGGGGUGGGCACCUUUCUCAGCUUGUUCUAUUCCCCACCCACACCCCCAGCCAGGGUUGGAAAUGAAGGACUUUUUUAACCUUUUUUGUUUUUUAAAAAUAAAUCUGUAAAAUCCA